GCGGGUCCACACUACCGUCCAAUCACCAAGACCUUAGCAGACUCCGAUUACCGGCAGUUCCUCCAGCAUCUCGAGACCACCGACUACAUCGGAUCCCCCUAGACACCAACCUUUCCUAGGACAGUAGCACAUCAUGGGGAUUAACCUGACGGCGAACCCUCGCCUGCGGAUGCUGUACGUGGUAUGGGGGUUCAUUGAAAUUCUGCUCUUUGGCGGUCUCAUCUUCGGCUGGGGCUCCCUCGUCUACGUCCUCAAAGACGAGGGCAUCUACGCCGACCUCUGCGACUGCACCGACAACUGCACAUACGGCAACACCAACACCACGACCACGACGACGACUCCUGCUACUGCGACGAACCUGACCCCUACGACCAGCGGUGACGUCAAAGGGAAAGGAUGUAAAGAGCAGGACUCGAUGCUGUCGCUGGUGUUCACGGUGUCGUCGUUGUUCUUCUGUGUGGGAAGCGCCGUCAUGGGACACAUCAACUACAAGUUUGGAACGAGAAUCACUCGCAUUUGUGCUUCGUUGGCACUUGUUGCUGGUUGCUUGAUGGUAGCUUUCGUCAGUGUCGAUCUGCCAUGGUUAAUAUUCCCAGGAUUUUCACUGGUUGGAGCAGCAGGUACUCCCUGGCUAUUCACAAAUACACAGAUUUCCAUCCUGUUCACGACUGGUAGUUCUACGGUGGUUGGAUUGUUAUGUGGCGCCCUCGACUGUUCAGCGGCCGUUCAACUUAUUGUUAAGCUUGCCUAUGAAAAUGGUUUCUCUAGGCGGAACUCCUACUUGGUGCUGGUUGGUCUGCACAGUAUGGUUCUAGUGAGCACUUUCCUCUUCCUGCCAAAGGAUUUCAUCUUCAAGAAUGAGGUUCAGAAGGACGCAGAGGUCGAACACAAUGUUAACCAAGACGGCCAGAACGGAACAGUCGAAGUGUUCGAUAUGGAGAAGAAGAAAACAGAUCCUGAAGUAGGAGAGGAUAGAGAAGAAAUUGUCAUUAGUAAAGAAGCAGAGAAUACAAGCAAUGAGAAAGAUAUUGGCAAACGUACACUAAAGAGUUGUAUGUUGUCCCGUGCUUAUCUGCUACACGUCUUCUGGCUGUGCAUUCUACAGCUGCGCUUCUACUACUACUUCAGCUCUCUCAAUCCGUGGAUUAACAACAUCCUCGAUGGAGACAAGAACCAAGUGAGUUUCUAUACCAACAUCUCACUUUACUUCAUGCUGGGCGGUAUCAUAACAUCACCACUUGUUGGCAUCGUAUACGACUGGCAGAAACGAAUAUUCACAAACAAACGAUCCGAGAAAUGUCGGCAGCUGAUGCCUUCUGUCUUGCCUCUGACGUUAGCCGUUGUUCUAGCCAUUGUUCUCUCUGUCCUCGCCCUCAUCCCGGUGGAGGAAAUCCUUUAUUUGACCUUCAUCACACUGACGAUAUUCCGAUCAUUCCUCUAUGCAAUGGCGGCUGCCUUUAUCAGCGAAAUAUUCCCUAACGAAUAUUUUGGCUUGAUGUAUGGAGUCCUAAUGGUUGCUGGCGGUAUCUUUGGUUUCCUCCAGUUUGCCCUCUUUCAGUGGGCAAAGGCAACAGACUUUGAUCAGGUGAGCAUAUUUCUUCUUGUGUUGGUAUGCACGUCGUUUGUCCACCCGGCUUACCAGUGGUACACCAGCCGUCGAAUGGAAUCAUCCACACUGAAACAGGAGGAUCAGGAACAGGAGAAGCAAGUGGACACUGAGGGGCUGGCUAACGGGGACAAAGCUGGGGUGCUCAUGGAUGCGAUAACAGCACCCGAGGGUACUAAUUCUGAUCCCGAGGAUGCUAAAACCAAGUCCGAGGAUACUAAAACCGAGCUCGAGGAUGCUAAAACUGAGCCCGAGGAUACUAAAACCGAACCUGAGGAUACUAAAACCGAGCCCGAGGAUACUCAAACCGAACCUGAGGAUACUAAAACCGAGCCCGAGAACACUAAAACUGAGCCCGACGAUACUAAAACCGAACCUGAGGAUACUAAAACUGAGCCCGACGAUACUAAAACCGAACCUGAGGAUACUAAAACUGAGCCCGACGAUACUAAAACUGAGCCCGACGAUACUAAAACCGAACCUGAGGAUACUGAAACUGAGCCCGAGGAUUCCAAAACCGAACCUGGGGAUACUAAAACCGAGCCCGAGGAUACUACAACUGAGCCCGAGGAUACUGAAACCGAUGGCAUGAUUUGUGUUAAGUUAUAGAAUCUUGUAGGUCCCACAGAGAUCUAACCCCACGUGAAAAUAACGCUGGCAAUUUUUGGCUCAGAAGAAUCGCUACCCAGACUAGAGUUUGGUUCCCAUAAAAUUACUUCCACGCC